AUGGAUGACAAGAUCGCACAAAUUGAAAAAACUCAAGCUGAAAUGCAAGAGAAUUUAAAGAAAGCGCAAGAGGAUAUGCGCGAACAGAUGAUGAAGGCUCAAGACGACAUGAUGGCAAAGUUGAUUAGUUUGCUACAAGGAAAUAGUAUAAUCCGAGAAGAGACUCCAAUUAUCAGUCAUACUGCCGAAGAACCAUUAUAUCCCCCUGAGUAUGGAAAAAAGAUCCAACGAGAGCUUCAGGCAGUAUGCCCAAAGGUGGAGAGAUGUGGCUGUGCAAGUUUAUCCACCAUUAGAGGAGGAAAAACUAAUAUGUUCUUUGUAAAUACUCUGAGGGCCCCUUUCUUUGGACAUCUUAUUGGAAAUUCGUCCAAGAAUUUUGCUGAUAUAGUUAAUGCAGGAGAAAUGAUUGAGAUGGCGAUCAAAAGCGGGAAGCUAGACGGGGGAGAAUCUAGCCGAAAGCCUCCAGCAAGAAGGAAGGAUAAUGAGGUCAGUAAUGUGAAGAAAUAUGAUUCUAAUAACAUUACAGUAUCUCGACCACAAGCCACUGUAUCGUCAGCACUAAAUCCUGUCCAGCAAGGGGCGAAAGAACCAAGACAGGAAAGGGAAAGGGUUCAAUUUGACCCUAUCCCCAUGACUUAUAAAGAACUAUUCCAGAUCCUCGAGCAGCCCAAUGUGGCUCAGAACCCACUGCCGAACCAUGCAGGGACAGGAGUUAAUGCUGCUAUUGAAGAAAAAGGGAACGAAAUCAUUACCAAAGUCAAAGAAGUGAAGUCACCCAUGCAUUGGGUAUGGGGGCAAAUGGUCAAAAUAGGCUGGUUGACCUUUAAUGCUAACGAAAAUAAGCAUGCUUGCCCCUACCACCGUUGCGAGGAUCAUGUCAUUCAAAGUUGUGAUGAGUUUAAGGCUUUGGUUCAAAGGCUGAUGGAUAGUAAAGAUAUGGAAUUUUACCAUGAAGCUACGAAAGAGAAAGAGAUUGAGAUUUGCGCUUCCGAAGGCACAUCUAAGGGAGUUUACAAUACCAAUUGCCCUUUAGUCAUCACACCGAAAGCCCAGACUAUGGAAAGGUUAAUCCCUAAAAUAGUGAUCACGCCUCCAUCGUCUUUUCCUUAUAAGGACAACAAGCAGGUCCCUUGGAGGUAUGGAUGCCAAUUAAAGAAUGUUGAGAGUUCAGAGGCUGCUAAGGAAGAGGUGGACGAGGUAGGUCAUUUCACCAGAAGUGGGAGAUGUUAUUCUUCCAACCAGACCAGUGAACCUGAGAAAAGGAUGACCGUUGAUAAAGGAAAAAGGGUUGAGAUAUUAUUGAAAAAUGAUGAGCCGACAAUUAAUGAGCCUGUAACCGAGAAUGAUGCUACUUUCGUACCGAAAGAUGUGCCAGUGGAAAAGAUAGAUCGACUGGUUUCAAAUAUUCAGGCGGAUAAUUUCAUCUCUUUCUCUGAUGACGAGAUCCCAUCCGGAAUGAUGGGCAAUCCUAAAGCCCUGCAUAUUACCAUCAGGUGCAAGGGACAUGUGUUAUCACGAGUACUAAUCGACAAUGGCUCUGCCCUGAAUGUGAUGCCAUUAGUGACAUUAAAAAAACUGCCGGUUGAUAGUACAUACAUGAGAAAUUGCCAAAGCAUCGUUCGAGCUUUUGACGGAACAAAGAAGGAGGUGCUGGGGAAGAUCGAUAUUCCUUUAACCAUAGGACCAUCAACCUAUGAGGUCGAAUUCCUUGAAGAUAUCAUUGCUUCCAUAUCUACUACCGCUCCAUAUGUCGAAAUAGAUGAAGAUGCGGUCGAGUGCUCUUUCAGAGCCUUGGAAUUCAUUAAUGCCACCUUUGUUGCCGAAAGAAAGAAAAUUCCGAAGCCUAGGCUAUCCAAUUGUACCAAAAUGGAACUGAAAAUGACUAUGGGAAGAGGAGCCAAGGUUGGAAGUGGGUUGGGAAGCCGCCUACAGGGAAAUAUUAGUCCAGUUUUUCCUGGUAUUAAGCGAGAUCGUUUUGGUUUGGGAUAUCGCCCGACCUUAAAGGAAAAGUUGAAAAAUGUUCAAAAGAGCCAUGAAAGGAGGAAAGCCAGGUUAGUCGGGGAAGAUAUUAAGUGGGAACCCAUGAAUUUCCCAUUGUUGCGUGACACAUUCAUAUCUGGGGGCCAUAUGUUUCAGGGGAGUCGAUCAUCAAAAGAGUCUGUUAUUGAAAAUAACCUGAAGGAUUUGGGCGUAAAUGUGAUAUCAGAGGAAGGAAUCGAAGACGAAAGGGCUAUGGGCAUCUACCCCGCACCACCAGGCUUUAUAGAUUUCGAGUUGCCCAUAUGUCAAGGGGAAAUUGAAGGUUAUGAUAGUGAUGAGGGAAGCCAUUUAUCUUCUGAACUACUAAAAAUGGUAGAAAUAGAAGAUAAACAAAUUCUGACUCAUGAAGAGCCCAUUGAGAUCUUGAAUCUAGGAUCAGAGGAGGAUAAAAAAGAGAUAAAGAUUGGCACCAUCAUAUCUGCUGAGGGACGACAAAGUCUGAUUCAGCUGCUUCGAGAGUACAGAGAUGUGUUCGCUUGGUCGUAUGAGGACAUGCCAGGGUUAGAUACUGAAUUAGUGGUACAUAAAUUGCCAAUAAAGCCUGAAUGUAAACCGGUACAACAAAAGUUCAGAAGGAUGCGACCUGAAAUGAUACUUAAAAUUAAAGAAGAAGUAAAGAAACAAUUUGAUGCUGGGUUCCUGAAAGUAGCCAAGUAUCCGGAAUGGGUAGCAAAUGUUGUUCCAGUACCAAAGAAAGAUGGGAAAGUUCGCAUGUGCAUCGACUACAGAGAUCUUAAUCGGGCCAGUCCGAAAGAUAAUUUCCCUCUGCCACACAUAGACACCCUGGUGGACAAUACAGCUGGAAACUUUCUAUUUUCAUUUAUGGAUGGGUUUUCAGGUUACAAUCAAAUAAAGAUGCAUCCAGAUGAUAUGGAAAAAACUACGUUUGUCACCAUGUGGGGUACGUUCUGUUACAAGGUGAUGCCGUUCGGACUAAAGAAUGCAGGGGCAACCUAUCAAAGGGCCAUGGUAACACUAUUCCACGACAUGAUGCACAAGGAAAUCGAGGUAUAUGUCGAUGAUAUGAUUGUUAAAGCUAAAACGGAGGAAGAACACAUCGAGAAUCUGAGGAAACUCUUCCAAAGAUUAAGGAGCUGCCAGUUAAAACUCAAUCCAAGCAAGUGUACCUUCGGGGUAACAUCGGGAAAACUCUUGGGGUUUGUAGAGCAAAAAGGGAUUGAAGUAGAUCCUGACAAGGUCAAAGCUAUUCAGAAUUUACCACCCCCAAAAACACAAAAAGAAGUUCGAGGAUUUCUGGGAAGAUUAAACUACAUCGCCCGAUUUAUUUCGCAAUUAACUGAGAAGUGCGAUCCCAUUUUUCGCCUUCUCCGUAAAAAUAACCCAGGGGUAUGGAAUGAUGAUUGCCAGGGAGCUUUUGAAGCAAUAAAAGGAUAUUUGUCGAAUGCUCCAGUAUUAAUGCCACCAAUAUCCGGCAAACCAUUAAUCCUCUACUUAUCAAUCUUUGAGAAUUCAAUGGGGUGCGUAUUAGGGCAGCAUGAUCAAACUGAGAAAAGAGAAAGAGCAAUUUACUACCUCAGCAAAAAGUUUACUGAUUGCGAGACAAGGUACUCACCAAUAGAAAAGUUGUGUUGUGCUUUAGUUUGGACUACCCGAAGGCUCAGACAAUAUAUGUUGUAUCACUCUACUUGGCUCAUAUCUAAACUUGAUCCUCUAAAAUAUCUAAUGGAUGUACCUGCUUUAUCUGGAAGAUUGGCUCGUUGGCAAAUCUUAUUGUCGGAAUUUGAUAUCCAAUAUGUAAGCCAAAAAGCAGUUAAAGGAAGUGUUGUGGCCGAUUUCAUUGCAAGUAGGGUUUCUGAAGAGUAUGAACCACUGAACUUCGAUUUUCCAGACGAAGAUUUAAUGGUUAUUUCAACAGAGAAUGCAGUUUCCUUUACUAAUGAACAAUGGAAGAUGAAUUUCGAUGGUGCCUCUAAUGCUUUAGGGCACGGGAUUGGGGCAAUUCUCAUCUCACCUUGUGGAAAACACUAUCCUUUCACCAGUCGAUUGAAUUUUGAUUGCACAAAUAACAUGGCCGAAUAUGAAGCAUGUAUUCUGGGUCUGAAAGCUGCCAUGGAGCGUAAAGUGAAAAUACUCGAAGUAUAUGGAGAUUCAGCCCUGGUAAUUUAUCAACUCAGAGGUGAAUGGGAAACAAAAGAUACGAAGUUGGUGGAAUACCGAAAGUUGGUCUUAGAGCUCAUUAAAGAAUUCGAGAGGGUGACAUUUCAUUAUCUCCCCAGAGAAGAGAAUCAAAUGGCAGAUGCUCUGGCCACUUUGGCAGCAGCUUUCAAAGUCAAUGAAUAUUCAAGCAUGAUGCCUAUUACGAUAGAAGCUUACGGGUAUCCAGCCCAUUGCUAUAGCAUAGAAGAGGAAGAGGAUGGAAAUCCCUGGUAUUACGAUAUCCUGCAAUAUAUUAAAAAUCAAAGCUACCCUAAGCAUGCCAUUGAGAAUGACAAAAGAACUAUUCGAAGAAUGGCGGCAGGAUAUGUGCUUGAUGGUGAGGUCUUGUACAAGAAAAGUCAUGAUCAAGUCUUGUUACGGUGUGUAGAUGCCAAAGAAGCCAGAACAAUCAUUGAAGAUGUGCAUGAAGGAGUAUGUGGUACCCAUGCUAAUGGACAUGUAAUGGCUAAACAAAUAAUGAGAUUUGGAUAUUAUUGGUCAACCCUGGAAACUGAUUGUAUCAAUUUCUCCAGAAAAUGUCACAAAUGCCAGAUUUAUGGAGAUAAGCUCCACACCCCUCCUCAUCCAUUGCACGUAAUGACUGCUCCAUGGCCAUUCUCUAUGUGGGGCAUGGAUGUCAUUGGGCAAAUUUUACCCAAAGCUUCUAAUGGCCAUCGUUUUAUAUUCGUGGCAAUAGACUACUUCACUAAGUGGGUAGAAGCGGCCUCCUAUGCAAAUGUCACUCAGUCAACAGUUUGCAAGUUCCUGAAGAGAGAAAUUAUUUGUCGGUAUGGGCUACCAGAAAGGAUCAUCACCGAUAAUGCCUUGAAUUUAAACAAUAAGAUGAUGGAGUCAGUAUGUAAACAGUUCCAGAUUAAACAUCAUAAUUCCACCACUUAUCGCCCAAAGAUGAAUGGAGCGGUAGAGGCAGCUAAUAAGAACAUCAAGAGGCUCAUACAGAAAAUGACUGAGACUUAUAGAGACUGGCAUGAGAAGCUACCAUUCGCUCUGUUUGCUUAUCGAACUUCAGUAAGGACGUCCACUGGGGCAACUCCGUUUUCUUUAGUUUAUGGCAUGGAGGCUGUGUUACCCAUUGAGGUCGAGAUUCCGUCACUACGAGUGCUGUCAGAGGUUAAGUUAGAUGAAGCAGAAUGGGUGCAAUCUAGGUAUGAUCAGUUGAACCUGAUUGAGGAAAAAAGAUAAGCUAUCUGUUAUGGGCAAAUGUACCAGAAACGUAUGAUAAGGGCACAUAAUAAAAAGGUUCGUCCACGAGAGUUUCAAGAAGGAGACUUGGUGCUAAAAAUUUUGUCAAUUCAGAAAGACUUUCGAGGAAAAUGGAUGCCAAAUUGGGAAGGACCUUAUGUGGUAAAGAGGGCCUUUUCUGGAGGAGCUUUGAUCCUCACCGAGAUGGAUGGACCAGAGUUACCUAACCCUGUGAAUGCUGAUGUAGUCAAGAAGUAUUUCGCUUGA